CUCAUCUCCUGGUCACCAUAGUCGCUCGUCGGUGCUUCUGACUGGUAGCAUCCGAACGGGUUUCCGUAUUUCGAAAAUAUUCGAAAGGGACCAUCGAGAUGAUGACUUUGCCUCUGCUGGUGCUGCUCUGUGCAGCCGUCUGUGCCAUGGCCGCCGAGGAUUCAGCCGAACCACAACGACGAUUUCGACUAGUCAACAGUUUUGAGUCGGGACUACGUCGACCUGAUAGCAUCUACUUCAGGAAAAGAGGAAGUGGCUUCUCGGGCUUCGGAAGGUUGGCUGAGAAGAGGAGAGUACGUGAGCUGUUCGGGAAACGAUCUGCACCUGCCUACGACGCUUCAGAAGACUAUAUGUCCGACUCACCUGAUGACCAAUAUCAAUCGAUAUACGAUCUGAUGCAAAUGCAUCGUGAACGACGUGGACGAGCACGAGAACUUUUCGGCUAAGCAUGCAGUGCCAUCAUAAUCAAUAUAUCGAUCGAUGGGAAAUGAGUCAGUGAGAGGUUAAGAGUACUGUAGUUCGCUUCACUUACGAUCUCGCAAAGUGCUGUAUAUUUUUCUACUAAUAUGAUCUAAUCGACCCUGUAUGUGCGUGCCCGGUAUGAUAAAUAUAAGACGUUG